CGUCUGCAGGAAGCGGAGGGAUCGGCGGCCGCACUGCAGCCCGGGGACUUCGGUUCUGGGAGGGAAGGACAGAAGACCGGCCUCGGCGGGGAGACCUAGGGCUGCAGCGGCGCCCCCCGACGGGGACGCUAGCGCACCGUGAGCCUGGGCGAGGAGAGGGCAGAAAGGGGGCCUGGUGGCUAGCGGCUCGCGUGCAGUGCUUGGCGCUGCCCCUGAACCUGGCGGGCCGCCGGCUCUGGGCAGACGUCGGGCCGAGCGGCACCAGGUGCGAGUCCAGCGAGCGCUGCUGUGUGCACCAAACGUGUGCUAUGGUCACCCUCUCCGUACACUGCCACACUCGGGGCCGCGUAGAGAGAGCGUCUACAGCAAGCCUCCGAAGCGUUGUGUGUGCGCUGGGGACGUUGGAAGAAGGAGAAAAGACGGAGAAGCUUUUGUGUGCGGCGCGUUUUUGCGCGCAUGACUUUUCCAAAUCAACUUCCCGUGCACCUGCUUCUCCUCCCUGUGUGAGUGUCAAACUUUGACGUCCUUCCUUGGAUUAGAAAUCUCUGGAAAUGGUUCGGCUGUCCUCGAACUCGAGAGUGCAGUCCGGGGCCGGGUUCUACUGGCCCGGUCGAGUUGCGGAGCUAGUGCCACGUCGGGGCUCGGCCGCCUAGGACGCUGAGUCCCGAAGUAAAGCGCGGACCUCCCGGGCCAGGGGUGAUCUCUGCGGGACGCUAGGGUAGCGGAAAGGCCGCUUCUGCGCGGGACCUGGGACGCCGGGAGGGACCUGAUUAAUCGAGGUUCUUGGGUACGCGAAUGGGUUUGGGGGUUCUCCUUUUGGGUCAUGGGAGCCCUCGGACCUGCGUGGUUGGUUCACAGAGAACCACCUCGCCCCUUCCUUGGCCUCUCUCCCACCUCCCGCAGCUCGACGCAGCCAGGUCGAUAGCUGGUUAAUGCGGAGGAAGCAUCUCCCCGGCUCAUGGUUUUGUCUUUUCCUUCAGGAAGAGCUGAGUCUUAAAAAGUGAGCGUUUCAUCCGGGCAUUUACAGCGCACCCCACAGUCUCCCCACCUCGGGAUCUGGCUCUUGGCUCUCUCCGUUCCGGUGCCCCCAUUUGGUGCAAACUCUGGGGUACAGGGCCGUCGAGGCUCGAGGUCGAACACCUAGGAAGCACUCUGGGAAAUACCCUCAAUUUUGUAACCCCUGGAUUUUCCGUGAGAAGGGGACCCCAUGAUUCCCGAAACCACUUGGCUGAGAGGUUUAACUGGAAACGAAAUCAGGCGCCGGGGAAACAUUUCAAAGCCACAGCUUCCCCUGAUAUCAUCUCCUCUGGGGAGACUCCAGCUAUGGCCAACGCCAGCUUCUUCCCUACUCCGCUGAGAGUGGCCUGGCAUCUAGAGGUGCAAGCCGAAAAGGGGGCCCGGGCCGAGGAAAGCCCCAGCGCCUACGCUGGACCGAGAUCCGGUCCCGACCCAGGCCCGGCGCUGGGGCGGGGAGAGAGGUACCGAGGGCCGGGCAGCGGGGAGGGGCGAGUUGACCCAGUACUAACCCGCGUCCCAGCGCCUCCCGCUGCCCCUCCCGGCGCAGGCCGGAGGGGGCGGGCAGGGACUCCGAGCGCCCGGGCUCGCGUCCCCGCCCCGCCCCGCCCAGCGCGCAGUAUCCUCCGGGGUGGGCGGCCUCGCCUAGAAGGCGCCCCGGCGAUUGGCGACUCGGGAAGGAGACGCGAGGAAAAGUCGAAUAAGAGGGCGAGACGUCAGACCCGAGAUUUGGGGAAGGGCAGGGGAGGAGGUGAGGGCGGGGACGGACACACAGACACAGCCUCAGACACCGAUCCACGGAUCCACACCCCCCUCACGGCACCUUAAGUGUCCCCAACUUUAGGCCGCCUGAGCCCAGGGCGCCGCCGAGGCCAGGGGUGGGGGUGGGGGUGGUGGGGGAGUUAUGGGAGUAGGCAGAGAGAUAAAAAGAGGGGAGAAGAAA